CGUCAAAUUAAACUUAAGAAAGCAUGGCAACAAUGUUGAGCGGAAACACACUCUUCCACACCUCAAAGUCAUUCCCUAAUGUCUCUUCACUCACUACUCUUCCUAAACCCUCUAGAGUCUUCUUUGCUUCCAACCAUUCUGACUGGAGAAAUGCAGCAGAGGGAACAAAAAGUAUUUCAACCAAUUGGGGCUAUGCUUCUUCAACAAAGACAAGACGAGAUGUAAUAGUCGUCAGAGCCGCCGGAGAUGACAUAAAAAAAUCCGCACAAGAUGCAAACGAGAAGUCAAAGGACGCUGCGGGUUCAGUCAUUGAUAAAGCAACAGAAGGAACAAAUAAGGCUGUAGAGGCAGCAGAGAGUGCCCAAGAGAAGUCGAAUGAGACGGCUGAGGCUCUGAAGAAUGCAGCAGAGAAGGCAAAGGAGCAAGCGGGAGGAGCGUGGGAGGCGGCCAAGGAAGAGACACAGAAGAUUGCGGAAACAGUGGUUGGAAAGGAAGAUUGAUUAAGGCUUUAAUUAAUAUAUCUUGUUUAUGUAUGUUUAUGUCUCAACUCUACCCUGCCUCAAAUGAUAAUUGAUAAUAUAAUUAUAGUUUAAUGGAAAUGCAUUGACGGUGUAAAAUAGUUUUACAUCAUCUUUUAUC